CGGACCUUUGGAAGCUGUCAUAGCUUUGGGUCAGGGCUCUCAACAACUACUUAGAACAACCCAGCAACUUUCCAGCACAUACAAACGCUCUCGUUCGGGGUUUUAUAGCUUUCCAGAAUGAUAUCAUUGUUGUCAUUGCAAUGACGGAGCAGUCACCGCAACCGAGCCAUGAGUUGGCGCGCGAUACCGAUGCCCAACCGUCGGAGCAUGAGCCAGCAAUAGCCGCCAACGAAACGUUCCCGUUUGUAGAAAACAAAGUUCCAGACGAUGUCGCGCACGAGAAAGAUGCUGAAUCAGGAGAUGCGACGGGCAAGGAAGGGGGUACCGAAGCCAGAGAUGUAAAGAAUGAGGAAAGCAAUGAUAAAAAGUCGGGCCACGAUGAAGACAAUGAAGAAGAAGAAGAUGACGAUGACGAUGAAGCUGACGAUGAAGACGACGACGACGAUGACGACGAAGAUGAUGAUGAGGAGGAGGAUGAUGAGGAUGAGGAACCAAGACUCAAAUAUGCUCGGUUAACUCAACACCUUAACGGAGUGUAUCGAAACGGCGAUGCAACUAGCGCGUUUCUUGUCGCGGGAGAUAAAAUGAUAGUUGGAACGCAUAAUGGCAAUAUCCACAUUGUUCAGCUCCCCAUGUUCCAAUCCAUGAGAGUAUACCAUGCGCACUCAGCCUCAGUUACCUCUAUAUCAAUAUCUCCGUACCCUCCUCCAUUGCCGACUGAGAAGAAGCCGGAAGCAGCGCCAAGGCAUACGACAUCUAGCAACGCUACUGUCUCCUCUGGCCGCCAGGCCGAUGCAUCUCCGGCGGCAGCCUCCAGAAGACCCCGUGAAGCGUCACAAAUCCCCAGGACGCCAUCUAACGAUAUUUAUGUGGCGACUUCCUCUUUGGAUGGCAAUGUAUGUGUGCAGUCUCUUAUUGAUAUGAAGGAUGUCCAGCUGCGGAACUUUGCCCGGCCCGUUCAAGCUGUGGCUCUGUCGCCAGAAUUCAAGGCAGAUCGUACCUAUUUGUCAGGAGGACUUGCUGGUCAGCUCAUUCUUACCGCCGGAGGUGGUCCGGGUCGCAGUACCUCGACAACAACUGGAACUGCUGCGGCCACAGCUUCCGGCUGGCUGGGUAGUAUGGGACUUGGCAGCAAUAGUGGCAAAGACACUAUCUUACACUCUGGCGAAGGAGCUAUCAGCACUAUUAAAUGGUCCCUGUCUGGGAAAUAUGUGGUGUGGCUCAAUGAACAUGGAAUCAAAAUUAUGCGGUCAAAGCUCCACCUCGAGAGCGCAGACAUAGAAGAUGCUUGGAAACGAGUUGGGCACAUUGAUCGCCCACAAACUGAUGAAUGGGAGACCAUGGCAAGUGUAUGGAAAGGCCGCGUUGAAUGGAUCGAUGAACAAGCUGUUGAACUGGAUGAAUCUGACCAGAGCAAUGUUGAUAAAGGGCUAUCUCCUGCUGCACACAAGCUCAGAGAACAGGCUGCAACGGGCAAGAAGAAUAUCGAGCGGUUGCUUGUAGGUUGGGGUGGGACGAUAUGGAUCAUACACGUUCAUCCAGGAGGCGUCGGUGUCGGCCGGCACGCUGGCGAGAAGACUGUUGGCCGUGCUGAAAUUGUUAAAAUACUUCGGAUGGAUUGCAUCAUUUCCGGCAUUUCGUUAUAUACCCAUAACCUUUUAUUAGUACUCGCGUAUUGCUUGCCUGAAGACGAGGACGAGGAUGAGGAUUCCGGAUCGAUUCCAAACUCGCCAGACAAGAAGCAUAAAUCCAAACCUUCAACAGGAAGCGAGCCCUCUGGCGGUGUUCGCCGCCGACAGAAUAACCAGCCGCCUGAACUCCGCCUUAUCGAUCUCAACUCCCAGGCCGAAGCCGACAAAGACAGUUUGAGCGUCAGUCGUUACGAGAGAUUGUCAUCAGGUGAUUACCACUUAGGUGUUUUGCCUGCACGCAAUGCUGCGUCUGCAAUCGCUUCAUCUCGGGGCGCUCUGGAGGCGAUCGCUGGGAUCGGCACGGAUAUGUGGAAUGCGGCCAUCAACCCUCGCUCCCUAUUCAGUUCCGGAGCUAGCACGCGUAGCCGAGGGAGCGGUGAUGAUUCUAGUCUCGUAGGGAGUACGGCAGGGACGAUUCGACCCGGCAACAAUCAAAGACUUUCCCCCACCGUUCAUUCUGGCCUUGUCAAACCAGGCGUGAAGAUCUUCAUACAUAGUCCGUAUGACUGCAUCCUCGCGACCAGGCGAGAUCUGAGUGAUCAUUUGGGAUGGCUUCUAGAGCGCCAGCACUACCAGCGUGCCUGGGAGUUACUCGAUGAACACCCGGAGAUCAUGGCACCGCUAAACGAAAGGGCUAAUGAUGGUACUCCUUUGACUCCCACACUGAACCAGGAGCCUAGUGACGAAUUCAAUGAUGACGAAUCUGUCGUCGAUUCGCAACUGCGAGAUUUCUAUUCUUCGGCAGAGCGAGAGAAAAGGCGUAUCGGAGAACUCUGGAUACAGGAGCUUAUUGAAGAGAAUAACUGGGCAUCUGCUGGUAAAGUGUGUGGCCAGGUGCUCAAGACGCCUGACAGAUGGGAGAAGUGGGUUUGGACAUUUGCUGGUGCGAAGAAAUUCGAUGCUAUCACGGACUACAUUCCCACAGAGCCCAUGCAUCCGCCCCUUCCUUCGACUAUUUAUGAAGUUGUACUUGGCCAUUAUAUUCAAAACGACAAGCCAAGGUUUAGGGAGCUAUUGGAUCGUUGGUCACCUGAGCUUUUCGACAUUAAAACAAUCACAACUGCGCUGGAGAACCAGCUCAAAUAUCGAGACGUGCGCGAAGACAGCAUCGACGAAGGGGAAAAGGGGCGAGACUGGAGGAUCGUAAUAGAGAGCUUGGCAAGGUUACACGAGGCCAACGGACGACAUCGCGAGGCUCUCAAAUGCUAUAUCAAGCUCCAUGAUGCGGAUUCGGCUUUCAGGUUGAUUAGAGACAACCACCUUGCAGAAGCUGUUGAAGACGAUAUUCCUAGCUUCAUUGGCCUCAGAGUUCCAUCAGGUAAAGUCAACGAAAUGGCAGCAGAGGAGCUUGAUGAAGCGACAUCAGAAGCCAUCACACUGCUCGUUGACGAAGCUCAGCAUGGUCUCCUGCGCCCUGAUAUUGUGGUGGAGCAACUACUCUCCAAGAAGCUCAACCUGUACAUAUACUUCUAUUUCCGAGGUCUAUGGAAGGGCGAUGGCAUUCAGGAACAUAGUGGAGAGAAUGUGGACCGGCUGGUGAUGGACAGUCAAUCUUUGGUUGACAACUUCGCGGAUUUGGCUGUACAUUUGUUUGCGACCUUCGACCGGGCGUUGCUUAUGCAGUACCUGAAGACUUCGGUCUCCUAUACAUUUGAAAAGGCAACCCUAAGCCCCUCUCUCUCCCCCCUCCAAAAAAAACCAUCAUGGCGCUCUAGCUACUAACUCAGUGUAGGCUGUUCAAGAGUGUGAGACGUUCUCAUACUACGACGAGCUCGUGUUUCUAUACUCCAAAACGGGCCAAAUGAAACGAGCUCUGUACCUCAUCAUCGAUCGUCUAAAGAAUGUUCACAAAGCAAUUGAGUUUGCUAAAGAACAGGACGACCCUGACCUAUGGGAAGACCUACUUAAAUACAGCAUGGACAAACCCAGCUUCAUUCGAGGUCUGCUGGAGCAAGUCGGUACAGCUAUCAACCCAAUUACUGUAGUGCAGCGAAUUCCCGAGGGACUCGAGAUUGAGGGUCUCAGGGAGGGGCUUACGCACAUGAUGAAGGAACACGAGAUCCAGUACAGUAUUAGUUCGGGCGUUGCAAGAGUCCUUCGCAGCGAGGUUGCCACGGCGCAGAACGAGCUUCGAGCUGGUCAACGUAAGGGUAUCAAGUUCGAGGUAGUUAUUCAGGAACAGGAACAUGUGGAUAUACAAGUCAAGGAUGUUUCCACGGACCCCGACAAUCCAGAACCCAACCCUUCUCACCCAUCUACGGCCCAUGAUCACAGAGUGCCGAAACCGGGACACUGCGCAAGAUGUCACGAACCAUUUACAGAGUUCGAGAUGGAAACAUUAGUUGGGUAUGCUUGCGGGCAUGUGUUUCACGUGAGUCAUCUCCUGGAGAUGUUGCAUGGGAACAAGAAAGUGGAUGUUGAUUUAGGCAAUGGCUCUGAGGAGGGAAGUCGGUACUCCAUAGGCAUGAAGGUGAUGAGAGCGCGAUUACUGAAGGAUAAGAUGAAAGGGGGCUGCCCUGUAUGUCAUGUCAAAGAGUAAAGAUAUCAGGACAUAAAGGGUUUAUACGUGACGGCGCAUAGAGAGGUCAGUCUUAGCACACUAGUUUGGAUAGUUUCACGGCGUACAAUAAAGACACAUAUGAUGGUAGCAAAUCCGAGUUCUUUUCAGAGUACCUAGG